GGGCUCCAGCGCAGGAGUCCGUCUGCAGGUGAUCAGUCAGUCUCAGCCUCCUGUUCGUCCUGUCACAGCAGCUGCAGUGUUGAGCGCGCGGUGCUGCUGCGGCUCCGCGUUCGAGGCUACAACUCUAAUCAAAACCUCCCUCGGAAAACCCGCACGUGGUUUCCUCCUCCUGCCUCUCAGCACCGCAAUGAAGGAAUUUAUUCGUUUGUUCUGAAGUCUCGCAGCUCGCGGAGAUGAGGAGUCAGCUCACUUUUACACGCGCCCAGUGACGACCAGGGACACGGGACCUGCGCGUUCUCUCCUCCAACUCCUGCACCACCAAAAUAAAACACACGUUUUCCUCUCCUUUAUUUUCAAGAGUGGACAAAUGCACUGACUGUGCGCUGGAUAAAUGGAUAAUAACGCGGCAAAUUCUGAGAAAUCUCACCUGAUACACGAGAAGAAUGCGAAGAUGUAUUCACUGAAACUACAGAGCUCCUUCCCAGACGCCAAAGAGCAGUUCCCCGACCUGCCUUUUAAGAACGGGGACACGUCCGGUGCCAUCGAGCUGAGGCGUCCGGUCGGCGCCCACUGCCACGGCGCCAAGGCCUCGGCCCGCGAGCGCGGCGCCGACAAGCUAGUGGCCCAGAAGAAGCUGUUCAUCGCCUCGGUCGUCUGCCUCGUCUUCAUGAUCGGCGAGGUCAUAGGCGGGUACCUGGCCCACAGCCUGGCCAUCAUGACGGACGCCGCCCACCUCCUCACCGACUUCGGCAGCAUGAUGGUGAGCCUGUUCUCCCUGUGGAUCUCCUCCAGGCCUCCCACCAAGACCAUGAACUUCGGCUGGCACCGAUCAGAGAUCCUCGGGGCCUUCAUCUCCGUCAUGUCCAUCUGGAUCGUCACGGGGGCUCUCGUCUACUUGGCCGUCGAGAGGAUCGUGCGCAACGACUACGAGAUUGACGGCCACGUGAUGCUGGUGACCUCCGGCUGUGCCGUCAUCGUGAAUAUUAUCAUGGCCUACAUCCUGCACCACUCCACCACCUUCCACGCCCACGGCAGCGGCUACCACCAGAUCGACGAGAGCGGCCAGAGCCCGGUGGGCCACGGCCACGGCCACGCGCUGCUCAGCGGCCACGGCAACACCAGCGUCCGCGCCGCCUUCAUCCACGUGCUGGGAGACCUGCUGCAGAGCGUGGGCGUCAUGGUGGCCGCGACCAUCAUCUACUUCCGGCCCGAGUACAAAGUGGCCGACCCCAUCUGCACCUUCCUGUUCUCCGUCUUCGUGCUCUGCACCACCGUCACCAUCCUCCGCGACGUCUUCAGGAUCCUGCUGGAAGGCGCUCCUAAAGGAAUAGAGUUCAACUCCGUGAAGGAGGUGCUGCUGUCGGUGAAAGCUGUCAAGUCCAUGCACUGCCUGCGCCUGUGGGCUCUGACUCUGGGCCAGAGCCUGGUCUCGGUCCACCUGGCCAUAGAGGAGGGCGCCGACCCGCAGUCCGUGCUGCAGGAGGCCACCGACCUGCUCCACAACAAGUUCGGCUUCUACAGCGUCACCAUCCAGGUGGAGCUCUACACCGACGACAUGAGCCACUGCUCCCAGUGCCAGGACCCCAGCGACUGAUGCCUGGACCGGACUGGACCCGACCCGACCGGACCGGACCGGACCCGACCCGACCCGACCCGGAUCAGGCACUUCUUCAUUUUUUUGUGCGUGGGGCGGAGAGAGAACUCAUCCAUGUGUUGGUGCUGAUGCUGGUGCUUCAUGCUGACGUGGAACCGCCUGAGCUCCGGUCCUCAGAGUGGAAGCUGCCUUUAAUGGGCCAAAGGAGCAGCAUCACGAGCAAACGCAGCUACGGGUCGAAACAGAACACUUUAGAUUUAAAGCUAGGACACGAAGUAAAGCAGCGACUCAGCUUCUGCUGGCUGCAAACACUGCCACACACGCAACGAAGACAACUGCCACGUAGCACAGGUUUUUUACUUCCAGUUACCAGUGUUGGCAUGAAGCACCAGAACCACACCAGCACCAUGGGUGAGCGUCGUCUGGACCCUCCGGCGUCGCCUCUGUCCGCUCACAGGCAUCGUAGACAGAACACGGCGUCACGUCCUGUGGUUAGAAGCUCAAACGGGACGACCGGUCGUUUAGAAGCUCAUUUUAAUUCAUUCACGUGAUGAAGAAGCAGCGAGCUCGUUCCGCUCGACCCGGAGUCGAUUCAUCUGAGCUUCAAGCCGUGUCCAUGUCGAGUCCCAUCCGCCUCAUCGUGUGUCUGAUCCACGUCACUCCCACUGUUCCCAGCUUUUCUUUAGGCCAGCGUUGUUGCUUCUGUACUGACUUGAAGCGUCAAGUCUCAUCUGGUGGCAGUUUGAGAACGGUCCAGUGGCGUCGCCGACGGCCGGACCCGGAUCCAAACGCUUGCAUGGUUGUUAGCUGUUACUCAGUGUCAUGUGAAGACAUUUGUUGUUCGACUGCCAAUCAGAACAUCAACAGGAGAAACAAGGAUCUUCUUUAAAAUUCUAUAUUUUCACCAGUUUUUAAAGAAAUUCUCUAUAUUUAAAGAGAUUUAGUCUUUAUGAAACACAAAUUGAGGAUAUAUAUGUAGACACGUCUGGAGCCAGCAGCUACGAAGACGAAGUUGAAAGUAGUUCUGCUCCACAGGCCGCGUCGUUAAACCAGAACCAAAGUCUCCGUCUCAGUCCGACUACGCUCAUCUCAUUCAGGAAACAGACCCGUCUGUUCUGGACGUCCAACGUUGGAGAAUGCUUUGUGUUGUGCUGUUGCCGUGACAAUUACUCUUUGUGACCAUUGUAAAUAUGUCCGAUAUUGUGGAUCGUGCGUAGAUGUACAUGUGUAAAUACGUUUCCUUGUACAAUCCGUCUUAUUUGUCCGUGUUCUAGUGAUUUGCAUAAACUCACUUCUCACAUUA